CUCUCUUUGUCUUCUGAUCAAGUGCCUGCUGUUGUGGAGAAAAGGUAGGCAUGAAAGGAGAUAUUUCAACUCUAGGCUGGAGUCAGGCAUGGGGGUGGAGGGGGGAAUGAGGUUCUUUCAUAGUGUGAUGGAGACCGUGGGAAUGAGGGGAAACAGACAGUUUUAAAAUGCGUUUGUGAAUCUGUAAAAGCAUUAUCUCUUAUUAUCUGUAACCAUUGUGGUAGUGAUUUCGAUCUUACCUUGUGUGCUGCACUGUAUUGUACUAUACUGUAGUGUGCACGUCUGCAAUGAAAAUGUACUAGGAAUCUGUCAGUGAAACACAAGAGAAAAUCCAUUGAUGUUGCGCUGAAGGCAUCAGUUUACAGGGCAAAUCCAUAUAUGCACUACAAAAAUAGGCAGGAAUGAAAGCUGUUACAUCAGAGAUGAGAUGGAGUCGUAUACUGUAUGCUCACAUGCUGUAUAUCGCAGAUCCAUCCUUCCUCUGAGAAUUACACUAUUUGAGUACAGAUCCAUAUAUGCUAGAUUGAGUAUGUAUAUUCUAUUCAACUCUUGCACUGCUGUCAAUCUAGUAAUCAAAUUGUAAAAACUAAUAUAAAAAAACUAUAAUUUUGUCAUUUCGGUAACAGCUCUUUUCAUGAGUUUUACAGUUGAAUAUAUAAAAUCAAAUAUGUUAACUAUGAUGAAAAGGCUACAGAUUUGUUAUAGUUACUUCAUUUAUUUGUUUGUAGUGUUCCAUUGGACAUCAGUUCAUUGAUUUUGGUUAUUUUGAUCGACAAUGUUAUUGCAGUUCAUGUUAUUUCAGGAACAUGGAUAUAAUAUCCCAUUAAUUGUGUUUUAUAUAACUUUAAUGAAUACAGUAGGGAGCCUGGAGCCAACAUAUUUGGACUGAAAGAUGAGAUGUCAGAUUGCGCAGUAGAUGCUUGGUGCCUUGAAUCCCCACCUUCUGACCCCUGCUGACUUAUUAAUCAUAUUGUUUUGACAUGUGGCAUGUCUUCAUGACCCUGACAAUUACCUCAGCUGCUGCCUAGGCUACAACAGCCUCCUGUCAACCUGUCCUGAAUCGGCAGCACAGGGGCUUUAUAUCUAAAUAUAAGAUCAAAUGUUAUAAGUUAAAGCUCAUAUUUCCGGCAGUAUUGUGGGCAUGUACUGCCUAGAUUUUUUCCACAUCACAUUCUUAUUGAUAUUUCAAUUCAGCUGCCUAGGCUACAACCUCCUGUCAACCUGUCCUGAAUAGACAGCAGGGGCUUCUGAUGCUUUCUGUAGGAGAGCAGUGUGAUUUUGUGAUUAAAUCAGGAGAUGAAUAUAUAGAAUACAGUAAACAAAGUCACCUGAUGAUCCAGGAGGUGAGGAUCAUUCCAAUUGCAAUAAUGAAGAAAUAUAAUCAAUGAAACAAUUUCAGGCUCAUUUCACUUGUCAAGGUGUAUUUUGUGCAUUUAGGCAAAAACUAAACAUGGACAAUACUACUUAACAUUUUGUAUCUUUAACUGAAAAAUACAGAGAUUUGUUUCCCUCCUUGUUUACCAAAGUAAUUAUUCUCCGCCCUGUGUCCCAGCACCUGUAAAACAUAUGUGCUUUGUGCUCAUCUGUUAGGGAAUAUCUGACUUAAUUAAAAAAAACGAAUGUGUAAUUGGCAACAUAUUGCCUCAAGGGCAUUAGGCUAUUUAGCCCGUCUGCAGUCGCGCCUGCACAGAUGGGACUUUGUGGCAACAUGUAGGGCAGCACGGGCUUUAGUCUUAAAGCAGAUUUGAUUUAGCUAGGCAUGAGCGUGCUGAGCUGAGCACAUGGGGCAGUUGAAAAGCAGCGCGUCCACCGCAAUAUUUCCUCUUACCCUCACAGAAUACAUGACAUGCCAGGCAUUGUAAAGUGAGAGAGAGAGAUGAUCAACGACAACGGAUCAUAUUGAUUAUAUAAUGGCUGGUCCAUAACAUGCUCAGGUGCAGCCAGUCAGUAAUGGCAGCGGGGUAGAGUACAGAGUGGAUUUGUAAGCUGCUGCUAGGGUGGGGUGGGGAUAGGAGGAUUUCUCUAUCUACUCUAGAUCAUGACAAUUGGUUCAGUCAUUUGAAUGAAAGCUACAUUUUUGCUUGGGUCAGUGAUUUUGGUGAGGCCAUGUGGGUCUGUGUAGCAAAUUCAGGUUGACACUUGUGUUCAGAUAAAUUAUUACUCAGUGUUUUGUCACUUUUUAUUAUGUAAGAAUGGCAUCUGCUGGCGAGCAAGAACACAGAGCACUCACUCCUCGUCAACUCCCAAAUAUCUUGUUACAUCACUGAGCCAGGCCAACGCAGAUACACCCACAGAUGGGAUGUCAAUAACAAAUGUCAGAUAAUUACACUUUUACACUGAGGUACACUGUAUAUUAUCUAUUCCUGUUAAAGACAAUAAUAUAGUAUUUAACAGUAGUAUAUGACUGUCUGUAAUAGUAUUAAACAAAUCACCACAAACAAUGCAGUAACACAGUGCCUUACUACAGGGUCAAGCCAAAUGUUGCCCUCAUGCUUUUAAUAAUAAACAAAUCAGAUAAGGUAUUCUGAUUCAUGCAGAAUAUAAGCACAGUGGAUGACUAUAGAUGCUCACCACCCACUGCUCUGAUAGACCAGUAGUGCGCCAAUGGAGAAAUCUACUGGACACCCGAAGACGAAAGCUGUAGAAAAAGUGCUUUGCACAUGAAAUUACUGAAAUUUGCAUUUAUCUUAAAGUACAGAGACACAGCUAAUGUCUGCCAGUCAGGGUUGGGGUCAAUUCCAUUUCAAUUCAGGAACUUAACUGAAAUUCCAAUUUACCUCAUUGAAAAGCAAUGAAGAAGAUUGGAAUUGGAAUUUCAGUUUACUGCCUGAGGACCCCAACCCUGCUGCCUGCCAGUCCUUGGUAGCCUCCUCAGAUCUGGUGGGCAGACAGUCUGCUAGCUCCGCUAACCCCCUUGAGCCAUAAUAAGGAUACCAUGGUCUGGCUGCUAGCCCCCUUAAGUCUCAGUAAGGACACCAUGGUCUGGGAGGAUUAAUCGAGCAGAGCCUUAAUCAGGUUUUAGCAUUUCCCCAAAGCUCAUUUAAUCUGACAUUAUGGCAGUGAUUAGAUGCUUAAACAGUUAGUCGCAGGAUAAUCUCUUGCACUGUUGAGGAAAACACAAUAAGAGCAAACUAGGCCAAAUAAAUUAUUAGGGAAAGUGUUGUCUCUUUUUUAGUCACGUCCAAAUUUCUAAAAUACUAUUAUACCUUCUGUUUUCCAUGUAGGUACCAUCACACAAUGUCCGCUUGGCCAACCUAUAGUUCCAGUAUUCUUAUUUAUAUAUAUAAUAAACUGUAUCAAACCCAAUGGUUGAAAUAUAUUUGAUUGUAUAUGGUAUAUGCCUGAUAUUUAUCCUACCAUUAUUCCUGUAUCCAGGGGCGCAACUUUGAUUUUAGAAGUGGGGGGGACAUAACUUUUUUAUUUGUUUUAAAAUCCAGCCGGAUAAACACUCCAAACAGCCUACCCGACCGCUCGGAGGCGUCCGCAUGGUCCUAAAGCACACCAUUGACUCGUUUUGUAUCACAUUCCAAUGAUAAAACUUGGGGGGACAAAAUUGCAAUUUCAGAAUGUGGGGUGGACAUGUCCCCCCCGGCCCAGUGAAAGUUGUGCCCAUGCCUAUAUCUCCUGUCCUAGUAAUCAUAUAAGAGAGAUUUACGUUGAUGCCCUGUAGCCAGUACCUUACAGGCUACCAUCUGAAAUAAUAAUAUAUUGUCUUAUAUUUACAGUUUAGGGGGGCCCACCUCCCAAGAUGUCAGGGUUCAAAACAGUGAGUUAUUUCCCUUAUUGUCAAAUGAUUAUGUUAUUAUUAUUAUUUUUUUAUAUAUGUGUAUAGAAAAAUACACGAACUUCACUGGUAACACUUCACUUUAUGUUGCUCGUGUACCUGUGUAGUAGUAACACUGUAAUAACUCCCGUAACAACGUCGUAUUAAUAUUGUUAAUACAUAGUAAUUUGACAAUUGCUUUAUAAGUUGUAAAUAUGUUUUAUUUAAUUAUAUUUAUCUUUCUCUCCUUGUAUACAGAUGGAAUGGCUUCACAGAGCCACUGUGCUGCUUCCGAUGGGGAGAGUUCUUACCCUCUCAGAAGAGUGCUGCAGGUACUACGUCCCAAUUAUCUUUCCUUACACUCAAAGUGUGCACUUGUUCACUUCACUUCACUGACUUGAAAGAAAAUGACUGGUAGAAGAAAUAUGGUGGAAACUCCCACUAACCCAUGCCUCCAUCAAUCCAAUGCUUUUAGAUUUACGGAAAGUAUAGUGAACGAGUGCACAGUUCAGCAGAAAGGAGAAAAACACUGAGUGUUCAAAACAUUAUGAACACCUGCUCUUUCCAUGGCGUAGACUGACCAGGUGAAUCCAGGUGAAAGCUAUGAUCCUUUAUUGAUGUCACUUGUUAAAUCCACUUCAAUCAGUGUAGAUGAAGGGGAGGAGUCAGGUUAAAGAAGGAUUUCUAAACCUUGAUACAAUUGAGACAUGGAUUGUGUAUAUGUGCCAUUCAGAUUGUAAAUGGCAAGACAUUAGGAAGGUGUUCCUAAUGUUUGGUUUGUAAGUCGCUCUGGAUAAGAGCGUCUGCUAAAUGACGUAAAUGUAAAUGUAAAUGUAUACUCACUGUAGACUACUGUGUGCGUGACGAGACACUAGACGGAAGUUUCUAGGAAUCCAAUAUGACCUUGUCCAUGAGAAUAGGUUUUAUUCUCAGCCAUCUGAUAUUAAUCCCAGACAGAAGGCAUAGUCUCAGUGAGGUAAACCAUUACAUACAGUGCCUUGCAAAAGUAUUCAUCCCCUUUGGCGUUUUUCCUAUGUUGUUGCAUUACAACCUGUAAUUUAAAUUGAUUUUUAUUUGGAUUUCAUGUAAUGGACAUACAUAAAAUAGUCCAAAUUGGUGAAGUGAAAUGAAAAAAAUAACUUCUUUUAAAAAAAUCUACAAGUGGUGCAUAAAUAUGUAUUCACCCCCUUUGCUAUGAAGCCCCUAAAUAAGAUCUGGUGCAACCAAUUACCUUCAGAAGUCACAUAAUUAGUUAAAUAAAGUCCACCUGUGUGCAAUCAAAGUGUCACAUGAUCUGUCACAUGAUCCCAGUAUAUAUACACCUGUUCUGAAAGGCCCCAGAGUCUGCAACACCACCAAGCAAGCGGCACCAUGAAGACCAAGGAGCUCUCCAAACAGGUCAGGGACAAAGUUGUGGAGAAGUACAGAUCAGGAUUGGUUUAUUUACAUUUACGUCAUUUAGUCUUAUCCAGAGCGACCUUACAGUUAGUGCAUACAUUAAUUUUUUCUCAUACCGCCACCCCGUGGGAAUCAAACCCACAACCCUGGUGUUGCAAGCGCCAUGCUCUACCAACUGAGCUACACGGGGGUUAUAAAAAAAUAUCUGAAACUUUGAACAUCCCACAGAGCACCAUUAAAUCCAUAAAAAAAUUGAAAGAAUAUGGCAUCACAACAAACCUGCCAAGAGAGGGCCGCCCACCAAAAUUCAUGGACCAGGCAAGGAGAGGCAACAAAGAGACCAAAGAUAACCCUGAAGGAGCUGAAAGCUCCACAGCGGAGAUUGGAGUAUCUGUCCAUAGGACCACUUUAAGCCGUACACUCCACAGAGCUGGGCUUUACGAAAGAGUGGCCAGAAAAAAGCCAUUACUUAAAGAAAAAAAUAAGCAAACACGUUUGGUGUUCGCCAAAAGGCAUGUGGGAGACUCCCCAAACAUAUGGAAGAAGGUACUCUGGUCAGAUGAGACUAAAACGUAGCUUUUUGGCCAUCAAGGAAAACACUAUGUCUGGCACAAACCCAACACCUCUCAUCACCCCGAGAACACCAUCCCCACAGUGAAGCAUGGUGGUGGCAGCAUCAUGCUGUGGGGAUGUUUUUCAUCGGCAGGGACUGGGAAACUGGUCAGAAUUGAAGGAAUGAUGAAUGGCGCUAAAUACAGGGAAAUUCUUGAGGGAAACCUGUUUCAGUCUUCCAGAGAUUUGAGACUGGGACGGGGGUUCACCUUCCAGCAGAACAAUGACCAUAAGCAUACUGCUAAAGCAACACUCGAGUGGUUUAAGGGGAAACAUUUAAAUGUCUUGGAAUGGCCUAGUCAAAGCCAGACCUCAAUCCAAUUGAUAAUCUGUGGUAUGACUUAAAGAUUGCUGUACACUAGCGGAACCCAUUCAACUUGAAGGAGCUGGAGCAGUUUUGUCUUGAAGAAUGGGCAAAAAUCCCAGUGGCUUGGUGUGCCAAGCUUAUAUAGACAUACCCCAAAACAUUUAUGUCAUUUAGCAGACGCUCUUAUCCAGAGCGACUUACAGUGAAUACAUAUUUUUUUAUACUGGCCCCCCGUGGGAAUUGAACCCACAACCCUGGCGUUGCAAACGCCAUGCUCUAUCAACUGAGCUACAUCCCUGCCGGCCAUUCCCUCCCCUACCCUGGGCCAAUUGUGCGCCGCCCAUGAGUCUCCCGGUCGCGGCCGGCUGCGACAGAGCCUGGAUUCGAACCAGGAUCUCUAGUGGCACAGUUAGCACUGUGAUGCAGUGCCUUAGACCACUGCGCCACUCAGGAGGCCCACAAAGACUUGCAGCUGUAAUUGCUGCAAAAGGUGACUAUACAAAAUAUUGACUUUGGGGGGGGGGGGGGGGGGGGGGGGGGAAUAGUUAUGCACGCUCAAGUGUUCUUUAAAAAAAAUAUAUUUAUUGUUUGUUUCACAAAAAAGUAUAUUUUGCAUCUUCAAAGUGGUAAGCAUGUUAUGUAAAUCAAAUGAUACAAACCCCCCCAAAAAUCAAUUUUAAUUCCAGGUUGUAAGGCACCAAAAUAGGAAAAAUGCCAAGGGGGGUGAAUACUUUCGCAAGCCACUGUAUAUUGUCAACAAAGAAAUGUAUAAACAGAUUAAAUUAUUCCUAACAACAGCACCCUUACACAAUGUCUUAUUGGUCAAUGAAUGCCCACUGCAGCCCUCACAAUGAGAUGAAAAUCAAUCCGUAAUAGUACUUCAGAUUACUGUUGGUUGUCAAUCAAUGAGCCACCAACUUAUCUAUUUCUCUCUCCCCUUCUCCUUCUCUUCUUUUCUCUCUCUCCCUCUUUCAACCCAUUCUGUUUCAUCCUCUCGUUCCUACCUUAUGCCUGCCUUAUGGGUGGCAGCUGGACUCCCCACACAGAACCAAACGGAGGCUACUGCAGACAUCGAGCACUCUUCCUUACUCUCCUCUGAGCGUGGUUUACAAUGGAAAAACAUGUAUACUGUUUAGGGCCAGGAAGCUUGCUAUCAGGUUCAGGAACAGCACCUUAGUGGAUCUCACAGAGAAGGCAUUCGGCCCUGAUGCACCGGUUGACACCAAAGGCUCUAUGUGCAGCAAAGACAAAGCUACGUAAGUCUGCUUAGCGGCUGUAGAUAUUCCUGCUGCACUUCAAGAUACAUGACUAUUCUUCGCUCUCCUGAUAUUUUGAAAGAUGAAGUAAUGACAGUGCUAUUGAAUUUGUUUUCACACCAGGCUUGUACUACGUUUCGGAGAUGUGGAGGACUUGAGAGGACUUGCCAUAAGGUUUGCUUCUUCAUUAAUUUUUACAGCCAAAUUUAGGCUUGAAAUACCAUUAUAGAAAUGAUAGAUUGGCCCAGGGUUUUCCUGGUCAGGUCACAUGUUGGUCUGAAGUAUAUUGUGUGUGGUACAGUUUGGUUGUGAUACUUGAUAUUUAUAUAUUCUGUGUACUGUACACUAACUGUAAGUCUCUCUUGAUAAGAGCAUCUGCUAAAUGACUAAAAUGUAAAUGUAUAAUCAAUGUAUGCACUGUUCCAACAGGCUACAGAUGUCCAACACAUUCUACGAGUCGGCAGGGCAGAACUGGUUUACUCUGGACAGCGUACACAUCCACUACAACUGGACCCACGAGGCUACGUUCAAUGCCACCGACGUGUACGCUCCUAGUACCUACUCCUACCACUGUCAACACGUCAGCAGUCUGCAGAAGUAUGACACGCUGCUUGUACCAAGCUCAAUCACAGACAACUCUGCAAACUGGCACAUCACCUUCACAGACUUCCAGGUUGGCAAGAAUUGUUUUUGCAGGAAGGCAACAUUUUAUGGCAGGAGUGGAGGGAUGUUUUGAUAGAUGAGCCUGUUCUAAUGGUUCUGUUGGAACCUCUGUAGCUACUCCUGUUGAAAUGUAAUGGAUAACUUGUGUUGUUUGUUAAAACCAUGAUUUGUUAAAAUGGCUGUAAAAUAAUCAUGAAUGAUCGGUAAACAGGACUCCAACUUGUGUGUGGCUUUAUUUAACUCUCCACAAUACAGGACGGUUUCUAGUCAUACCGCUAGGUGGCACUGUUGUUAUACCAUAACACUACAUUGUUAAUGUAUUGUAUUUUAUUGUGUUUGUGUAUGAAUUCAGAAAUAUUCAUGUUUAUUUAUUUUUAAGAGUUACAUGAUAUAGAAAUCCACAAGAAUAGUUUUAAUGUAAUAACCUUUAUGUGUUAUGUAUGUAAUCUUUCAUUGUUUACUUUACUUGAACAUCUCACCUUUAUAUUUCUCUUUGCUCGACAGAUACAAUCGUUCAACGUACUGUCCAACAAGUUUGCCUCAGCCAGCGACUGCGCUACGUUCUUCACUCCGGCUAUCCUCAUGGGUCUGAUCACCUCACUCAUCCUCCUCCUGGUCCUGGCCUACGCUCUGCACAUGGUGGUGCACCUCAAACACAUUGACACCUACGAAGAACACAAGACUACUGUCUACUUCCCUCGCAGCUCAGAGACUGCAGAAUGCACCGGCGCCACCGACUCCACCGCCACUGAGAAAAACAGCUUGUAGGACGUUUCCCAGGAUCCACCUCAGUCUCCACCACUAGGAGUAUAGACCGUUUCUGUAGUUGUCAGAGAGUGACUGUGCAGGGGGGCUCUGACUGAGACCCCUGAUGGCUGGCAGACCGACUGAUUGACUGACUCAACUCUAGAUAUAAAGAAACCUCCCAUAAUGAAGGACAUGGUCAUGUUGCCUGGACUUGAUAUGGUCGUCCACUCUGGCAUCGCUGGGCUCAGGCAGUGGUUGUCCAAGCCCAGUAGAUCUAAUACUUUGGGGCUCAGCAUCAUCUGGUGGAUUUGGAUACAACUUUGGAGGACACUGAUCCUGAGACAUUAACCACUUAUCGGGCAUUGCAAGUGAAAAAUAAACGAAGUAUUAUGUACUGUUGAAUGAAAUUCAAACUGAUAAAAGCACAAAAAAACAAUUUAUUUAGUUCCUUGUCAGUACUAUAAAUGCUGGUAUAUUGGAUAAAGAAGUUUCAUUUUAAUAUUCAUACCCUAAAGGGUACAUACCGUAAAGGGUAUGCAGUAUAUACUUUGAUGUAAUUAAUUAAUCUUUGUUGGAUACUCAAUUGGUUACAUUAUGAUGUUUCAGACCUGCAGUAUGUGUUUUCAAGAACUUGUCUUAUUACGAGCUUUUGUGGAAAUAAUACUGCAUCUGAAUUCUGGUUUUGAAAAUUGUAUUUUGUGUUUUUAAUUUCUCAAAUGUGUAUUCUUCUAAUAAGGUGGGUCUUCAAUAGUUUUCCAGUUAAAACAUGAUAUAGUCAUUAAACUAUUUAAAAAGCAGUUCAUUAAAUCAAUUGCCAGAACCACAUCAACAAGUUGCUGUUGUUUAGUGAUGCAGCAUGCCUGUGGCUAGAAAAUACAUUUGCAUACAACAGUACCCUGAUGGGUCAAAUUGUUAACAUUUUCUAGAAACCUAUUGUGAUGUACUUUUUCAUUUAUCUGUAGGCUAUGUGUUUGGAAAAAUAAACCCAAGUUGGCUCAAA